UCUGAAAUUGAAUGGAAGCAUUAAAAAGUAUCAGUGUAAUGUAAAAACCUUCCACUCUGUGUCAGUAUACACACACUGCUCCAUGAUCUGAGCUCAGCACCAGAUUUGAAAAUCCCGCCCUCCGAGGCGCUGAGGCGGAGACUCUGCUCUCUCUCCCCGCAGCAGGCAGCAGUGUGUCGGGGAGCUCCGCGCACACGGUCCGCUGAAAGAGAGCAACACUUAAAAACAACUUCAGAGCAUCAAAACGCUUUUCUUCCCCACCAGGACCCGAGAGAGGAGCUUUUUACCCGAGCUUAGCUUUGUUCCCACUUGCUCUUUGUUUUCCUGGAGAUGUGUUUCGUGGAGCUCUGAGGAGCGGACAGAGCUGCACACUGAAGCCGGGAUGAGUGGGAGCUCCGCGGGGUCCGGCGCGGCACCCUGCCGCCUGGUCCACUACUUUGUGAUUUGUGGGAUAGACACAGAAACUGGACUGGAGCCGGAUGAACUAGCAGCUUUGUACCAGUGGUUAGAAGCAGACCGCCAAGGCAGGGACCCCGAUGAUGCAGCCACAGGUGAGAACUUCGAACAGAGUCCCCUAAAGAGGACCUUCAAGUCCAAAGUUCUGGCCCGUUACCCCGAGAAUGUGGAGUGGAACCCGUUUGACCAGGAUGCCGUCAACAUGCUCUGUAUGCCUAAAGGUCUGUCGUUCAGGACUCAGGCGGAGCCCCGGGAGCCUCAGUUCCACUCCUUCAUCAUCACGAAGGAGGACGGCUCUCGGACCUACGGCUUCGUGCACACCUUCUACGAGGAGGUGACGAGCCCGCAGAUCUGCUCCGCCAUGCAGACGCUCUAUCAGAUGCACGUCGCAGAAAACUCUUCCUCCAACCCUCCUUCCUCCUCCUCCUCCUCCUCAUCUUCCUCCUCCUCCAGCAUGGACUCUUUGGCGAGCAGUUUAGACGAGGCAGACUCCCCAACCUCUUCGUCCUCUUCGUCUCGCAGGCCAGGCAGCUAUGAUUCCUCCAGAGACACCCUGUAUGUUUCCAAGGCUCUGUGUCUGAUCACACCCAUGCCCUUCAUGCACGCCUGCCGCCGCUUCCUGUCCCAGCUGCACCGAGCAGUCACCGACAGCUCCGCCCCUCCUCUGCCCCUGGAGAGCUACGUCCACAACAUCCUGUAUGAGGUGCCUCUGCCUGCUCCGGGGCGCUCGCUCAAGUUCCACGGCGUCUACGAGCCCAUCGUGUGUCAGAGACCGGGGCCGGGGGAGCUGCCGCUUGCUGAGUUCCCCCUAACGGAGGCCUUCAGCUUGUUGGGGGUGGAGAACCUGGUCCAGGUCUUUACCUGCACCCUGCUGGAGAUGCAGAUCCUGCUCUAUUCACAGGACUACCAGCGGUUGAUGACGGUAGCCGAGGGCAUCACCACGCUGCUGUUUCCCUUCCAGUGGCAGCACGUCUACGUCCCCAUCCUCCCGGCGUCUCUGCUCCACUUCCUGGACGCUCCUGUCCCGUACCUGAUGGGUCUACAGUCCAAAGACGGGACGGACCGCUCCAAGCUGGAGCUGCCUCAGGAGGCAAACCUGUGUUUCGUGGACAUCGAUAACCACUUCAUCGAGCUUCCUGAAGACUUCCCCCACUUCCCCAACGAGUCCAAGCUGGUCCAGGAGCUCAGCGAGGUUCUGCUCAGCUUCGGCAUACCUCCUCACGCUGGAGCCCCACCACGGACCCGAACCCCCGGCAGCACGCCCAGCAGCGCCCCAUCCACGCCCGGCCGAGAGCGCCGAACAGUCGCGCUCCGCCAGCUGGAGGACGACGGGCGUAACGGGAACCUAGCAGGUGAGGACCUAGCCGUGCUGGAGCUGCUGCAGGGGAAUGCCACGCUGGAGAGGCUGCAGGCGCUGACCAAACGCGCAGGGGUGACGGUGGCCCGAGUGGACGCUUUGAGGGCCGGGGUCAAAAGUCAGAGAUCAGAGGCGCAAGGGGAGCGGACCGCUGCUGAAGAGGAGGAGCUGAAGAACGCCAAGCUGAAUGUGCAGCUGAGGGAGGUGUUCGCCAGCCGCUUCGCGACCAUGUUUGCUGACUACGAAGCCUUUGUCAUACAGAGUGCGCCCAACCUGGAGUCCUGGCUCACCAACAGAGAGCAGAUGCACAACUUCGACAAGGCCUCGUUCCUGUCCGACCAGCCAGAGCCGUACCUUCCCUUCCUUUCCCACUUCAUUGAGACGCAGAUGUUCGCCACCUUCAUUGACAACAAGAUCAUGUCCCAGUGGGAGGAGAAGGAGCCGCUGCUCCGCGUCUUCGACUUGCGCAUCGACAAAGCCCACCUUUACAACGGCCGCGCUCCCAGCCUCCGAUCCUCCAGCUACCAGAGGUGCUCCGUCCUCAAGGAGGCCGCUCAGGCUAUCGAGCAGCGUCUGGUGAAGAUCGACCACACGGCCAUCCACCCUCACCUGCUGAACAUGAAGAUCGGUCAGGGCAAAUACCAGCAGGGCUUCUUCCCCAAGCUGCAGGCGGACGUGCUCAACACGGGGCCGAGCAACAAGUGGUCUCACAGAACGGCAACGACUCAGCGAAGGAAAGACCGAAACCGACAACAGUCCGAGCACCUGACCCUGGACAAUGACCUGAAAGAGAAGUACAUGCAGGAGGCUCGCAGCCUGCAGAAGAACCUGCGGCAGCCCAAACUGUCCGACCUGUCCCCGGCCGUCAUCGCUCAGACCAACUGGAAGUUUGUGGAGCGGCUGCUGAAGGAGUGUCGCAUCAAGACAAAGCGCAUGCUGGUGGAGAAGAUGGGCCGGGAGGCGGUGGAGCUCGGGCACGGUGAAGCCAACAUCACAGGGCUGGAGGAGAACACUCUGAUCGCCAGCCUGUGUGACCUGCUGGAGAGGAUCUGGAGCCACGGGCUGCAGGCUAAACAGGGGAAGUCGGCCCUGUGGUCUCACCUGCUGCACAACCAGGCCCGGGAGGAGAAGCUGGAGCAGCAGCAGGCCGAGUCUCCAGUUUCAAACGGACCUGAGAGGAGGAAGUCCGACUGCUCCAUCGGGAUGCCGUUUCUUCGAGUUUCUCUGAUACAGGACAUGAGGCACAUCCAGAGUAUGUCGGAGAUAAAGACGGACGUGGGACGAGCGAGGGCCUGGAUCCGUCUGUCUCUGGAGAAGAAGCUGCUCUCUCAGCACCUUAAGCAGCUGCUGUGCCGACAAGCCUUAACCAAGGAGCUCUACAGGCGUUACGCCUUCCUGCGCAGCGAGGAGGAGAAGGAGCAGUUCCUCUUCCACCUCCUUUCUCUGAACGCCGUUGACUACUUCUGCUUCACCAGCGUCUUCACCACCAUCAUGAUCCCGUACCGAGUUGUCAUCAUCCCCAUCAAGAAGCUGAGCAACACCAUGACCACGUCCAACCCCUGGGUGUGUGUGUCCGGAGAGCUGGGCGACUCGGGCAUCAUGCAGAUCCCCAAGAACGUGCUGGAGAUGACGUUUGACUCUGCUUUCAGGCCUCACUCGCACAUCUCUGCCUUGUUCAAGUGUCAGAACUUGGGGAAGUUGACGUCAGUGCAGCUAGGUCAUGAUAAUGCCGGCCUCCUCGCUAAGUGGCUGGUGGACUGCGUGAUGGUCCGCAACGAGAUCACAGGACACACGUACAAGUUCCCAUGCGGUCGCUGGCUUGGUAAAGGCGUUGAUGACGGCAGCCUGGAGCGGGUCCUGAUCGGGGAGCUGGUGGUGCAGAACGCAGAGGAGGACUCUGGGAGAGGCUGUCGGACUCCCCCACUGCAGCGCUCGCCGUCUCAGACCAGACGCAUCAGCAUCACGUCGAUGUCUGCACGAGGAUACAAGCCGACUUCUGCCCAGAUCCAGGACGCGAUUGGGGAGGCUGUUAACACCAUCAUCAAACAUUUCCACAAGCCAGAGAAAGAGAGAGGCAGUCUGACUGUCCUGAUGUGUGGAGAGAACAGUCUGGUGGCGGCGCUCGAACAGUUCUUCAACCACGGCUUCAAGUCAACUCGCCUUUUUCAGAAGACCAUGUUUGUGUGGGACUUUGUGGAGAAAGCCGUGGCCUUCAUGGAGUCAGCUGACCAAAUGGGAGACCUGCAGGAGACGGCGGAGCCUCUGGGGAUGACCUGUCAAUCACUCUGUCACUACGUCAACGCCAUCAACUCCACCCCAAGGAACAUCGGCAAGGACGGGAAGUUCCAGCUGCUUGUCUGCCUUGGAGCCAGGGACCGUCUCCUCCCCCAGUGGCUCCCCCUGCUGGUGGAGUGCCCCGUGAUCCUGCGGAUGUACGAGGACACGGCCCUGCUCAGAGACCGCACCACCGUCAACGCCCUCAUCGGAAUCGUGGAGACGCUGCAUGACUUCCCCAUCACGCUUGAGGCCUCGCUGGUCAAAGGGAUCGACCUUUAGCCUGCAGGAGGGAGGGACUGCCGCCGCGCUGCUGCUCCAAUCUACACCAUCAUCUGGAACCUGAACGCACCACCACCAGCUUCACACACACGUCUUCUGGAUUAGUCACGUGACUGCUUCGGGAUCCAGUAUUAUCACCCACCAUCGUGUUUUACAGAUAAUUUACAGAACAUACUCUCUCUUUGAAAUGUUCUCCUUCCCUUCAGCAGCUUAGAUGUUUUGGGGACUACUUUAUGAGGCGUAUUAACCCACAUUUAUUUCUCUUGAGAGUGAAAAACAGUGGCCGCUUGCAGAGGGAGAAUCAUCUCAAAGUUAAGGUAUGUCUUUGGAAAAUUUACAUAGCAGCAGCCGAUGUUCCACUGAGUGUUAGCGGUGUAGCUUAGCCUCCUUUCUGUAGGUACAACUUUACAAACUGUGACAAACUCUCUCUCCUCGUCUGUAACCGGUGAUUGCAGCACUGUCAUCCCCUCUCUUUUCUUGUUAGCGUUAGCGUUAGCAUUAGCGAGCAUGCCUGGUGGGAUGUGGACUGAGGUUACACUGGAUCGAGGAUCAUUAUAAACACACUGCGCAGUGUUUCUCUCAGCCAGAGGAUGAAGCAGAGACGAUCUCGGUGAUGAGGCUCAGAGUUUGGAGGUGAACCUGUGGAUGCACUGCAGUCCUCCCAAGCUACAGGCAUCAACUAUGUCCAAGUGUGUGUGUGAGAAUGUGUCAUGAGCCUGGUUGUGUGUUAUCCCUCCUUUUUAUUUUUUUAUCUUCAGAUUUAGAGUUUUAAAGGGAUCUACUGUCAAAACUGUGACAGCUAACAUGCUCAACUUGCUUCUCCUAGUCCUUUAAACCACUUCCUGUUUGCUGAGAGUUCAGUCAGCUGUCCAUGCACCACUUAGUUAUAAUCCUGAAGAAUUCCAGUCACAUAAAUAUUCGUCUAGUGACUUUAUUUUGGCAGAAUGAGUCAUCAUGAUUACAGUCCAGCCUGAGGAGCAGUGAUUAAAGCUCUCUGCAGCUAUUUUUAUUCAUAACAAAGUGGACGUCAAGUCUGGGAACGAUCACUGGUAUGCGUCACCUGGUGGUGGCUGCUCCAGAGAGAGGAGGAUGUACUGUUUUGUCCGAUCUCAUUCAAGUUUAGAGUGAACAGUUACUUUAGUACAACAAAUAAAGAAAUAACUGAGUACUACAGAUGAUAAAAAACUUCCAACUUCCAUUAAAAAAUACAAAUAAAUUGGCAUUUAGAUCAAGAAAAUGCUAGAACUUGAGCGAGAAAGAAUGUGGUCGAACAACUGCAAUUACACUUCAUCACCACAGGUGUCACCAGAGAGAACGAACAAACUUUGUGGUUUAAAUCUCUGGAUGAAGUUUGUAAGUGGACCUGAAAUGAGACCACUUUCCCCCCCAUGGACAGGAAAUCAUUUUCAUACAGCAGAGAAUGUGUCAUUCUGAAUUAGAGUAGGAACCUGUUAACUGUAGAAAAAGAUGGAGUAUGUGUCUCCACCUCCUUCCGUUGUACAAAAGUGAAGUCAAAAUUAAGGACUGCAAUGAGUUCAGUGACAAAUUGCACAUUUAGACCCAGAAUUUGUGUCAUAGGAAAUUCUUGUGUGGAUUUGUAGCAGACUCUCAUGGUUAUGGUGUGUUUAAUGACUCUUGUGUUAGUGUUUGUUACGUUUCCUCUCACCGUUCCCCCUCUACCUCCUCUACAGCGCUGCAGGAGCCUCAUUGGUCGACACAGCUGUCAAUCAUGGCGUUAAUACAGAAGAGAAUUAGGGCCACUGAUUUUUUUCUAUAAGUCCCGCCCCUAAUCUCUGAAUUCUGCUUUGACAUCAAAGGCAUUCUAGAAUUCUGAGAUCAAAGCUGUUCUAGAAUUCUGCCUUUGAUCUCAGAAUUCCGAGAGAAAAGUCAACAUUCUAAAGAAAAGUUUGAUCUAAAACAGACAUUUAAUUAGCCCCUCCCCUCUUUCCUACUUCAUCUCUCUUUUUGUAUCAUUAAAUAACUAAUUCAAAGUAAACUAGUCAGAAACAUGAACACUGAGCAUUAAAUCAGCAUAAUAAGAACUAACCAUAACGACAGAAACCAUGUUUGAGUGUGACCCAUGUCUCAUCUGUUAACAUGGAGGAGACGGAGCUUUAUGACCUAUACUCCAGCCAGUCAGAGGGGGGAGCUCUGAAUGUGUUGGCUUCACUUUUGAGGACAUGUCACGUCAUCCAUCUUUUUCUACAAUUUGCAUUAACACUGGAACAGAAAAACAUGUUGCGUUUCAGAUUUAAUGAGUCCUUUGAAUCAAAACAACACACAAAAUAAUAAACAACUACUUCCUGCAGUUUAGAGCUAACGCUAUUAAAACAGGAGCUAACCGUUCGAAGGAUGAGUUUUGCAGGCACUUUUUGGGAUGGGACUUUUUUAUUAUUAUUUUGGUCAUGGGUUUUGUAGACUUUAAGAAAACAAAUGUGAAGAGGAAGUUAUUUGAAAUCAGUGUGAUGUUACAGGCUAGCUGUUCAUGCUAGCUGUUAAUUCCCAUUGCUGCUGCCAAGAAAGAUGUCGGUAAACUUUAGCCAGUUUCCCUUUGACAGAUCUCGUACCCCUUUGUAAACGUUAGCUGGAUUAGAGAUUAUCCCACUGUUGCCUCUUUCCUCUGUCUGAGAGUUGGUGUAAAUAUUCUCAGUAGUGCAUGUUGACCUUUAGACUGCACUGUAUUUAUUGUGAGCCUCUCUGCAGAUUAAACUAGAGAGGAGGAAACGUUUGCAGCCCGAGAUCCCUGUAGUGUUGAUUCUACACAUAUCAUGCCUGUCGUUGUUUCAUGUAUUUAUUAAUUUAGUAUUAAUCCCCGGCAGGCUGAGAGGAGACCUGUGUCUUUGUGGUUGAUGAAGCCUGUGGAAUAACUGGAAAUGUUCAUGUUUUUAAAGUGUGUGUUAUCAUCAUGUUUUAACCCUUCGUGCUCCUGCUGCUGAUGCCUCAUGUACAUACAGGUCAACCCUCACCUCCUAAGCACAACAGAUUCCUCCGUCUCGUCCUGGAUUUUUUCGUGUUCGGACUCUUUGUUCAGUGUCAGACUUCUGGAGGAGAACUGUUCUUGUGGACUAAUGUAAGUCCUCCUUUUAGACUACAACACACUCUGCUGAGUGUGUGGAUUUGUUACAUGAACGUGCCCCACGUGUGAUGAAUGGUUUUAACCCCGAGUGGAUCUGCUCAAACCAGACUGAGGAAACGCUUCGGACUCUUUUAUGGCGAGAACGUCAACAGACACGUAGAGUUUCAUGUGUUUGACUGACUACUCUGUUCUGAUAUUUAUUAUGCCUAUCUCAAUAAAAACACCCAGUGUGUUAAAGGUG